ACAAAAAAAUUAAAAAAAUUCUGAUGCAAAAAACCGUUAUAAAUAGUUAAAUAAGAUACACCUUUGAAGACAGUAUCUUCUACAGCAACACUUUUCUGUGUAUUGAGUUCAAACAAACACAACAAUGGCUGCAACAUUCGUUUCUCGAAUCUCUCUUCUUCAACCAAACCCAUCUCUUUCUCUCAAACCCCAUCAAUCUCCUCUCUUUCCUCAACAAUUUCCCUCAAGUUUUCGUUUUGAGACGAAAAGGGCAAAAGGGGUUGUGCUGAAAGCUUCUUCUGGUGUAUUGGAAGUGAAUUCGAAGCAACCCAUUUCAGCUAAAAAAUCUAAUGAUCCAAUUAUUGUUAUUGAUAACUAUGAUAGUUUUACCUAUAAUCUUUGUCAGUAUAUGGGAGAGUUAGGAUUUCACUUUGAGGUCUACCGAAAUGACGAGUUAACAGUGGAGGAGUUGAAAAGAAAAAAUCCGAGAGGAGUGCUGAUAUCACCUGGGCCAGGAGAGCCUCAAGAUUCAGGCAUAUCUUUGCAAACAGUUUUGGAACUUGGACCAACUGUACCUGUGUUUGGUGUGUGCAUGGGAUUGCAGUGCAUGGGAGAGGCUUUCGGCGGGAAAAUUGUUCGCGCUCCUUAUGGUGUGAUGCAUGGAAAAAGUUCUCUGGUUUAUUAUGACGAAAAAGGAGAAGAUGGAUUAUUUGCUGGACUACCUAAUCCUUUCUUGGCUGCAAGAUAUCACAGCCUUGUAAUUGAAAAGGAGAGCUUUCCUCAUGAAGAACUUGAGGUAACAGCAUGGACUGAAGAUGGUCUCAUAAUGGCCAUUCGCCACAAGAAAUAUCGGUAUAUGCAGGGUGUGCAAUUUCAUCCAGAGAGCAUUAUAACCCCUGACGGCAAGAAAAUCGUCCACAACUUUGUGAAGCUUAUAGAGAAAAAGGAAGCUGGUGGUUCUUGAAACAAUUCUUCAUUAAUACUGAAUAGUGUUUGGAGUUAUGUAAACCAAAAUAGGAUCAAUAAUAAAAAAGAAUAAUAGGUAACUUAUUUCUGAAGCAAAGCACGGCAUGGAAAAGAAACUUAGCUGAAAUUUCUAGGAAUUGUUGAGUUGAAACAAUUGUAUCUUGCCUCUCAUGUAUGUGAUAAUCAUUUAGUAGUUAUCAGUUACUUUUUUCUCUCCA